CCACCCUCCCGCUCCUCCCUUUUCCCGUAGCCGGUUCCAAUUAGCGGGCAUUCUCUGGCAAAAAGUCCAGCAAUUGCCCCACCCCUUCUUGGAAGGCGCCAGCUAGGUGGAGCUCGUCUAAGGCUGGGGAAGCAGCUCCAGGCCGCGGUUCUGAUUGCGGAAGCGCGGGAGGCUGCCUCCUCCUGCUCUUCGACCGAAAGAGGGGCGCGCCCCGAGCCAGACGUGCAGGAAAAUGAGGAUCGUGUGGCCCUGCCUCGUCCUGCCGCUUUUAGGCUGGAGCCAUUGCAGCGGGUUUAACACCCGGGAACCGCAGACGGAAGUUCCUCCUCCAAACAAUGUUAUUGUAAUAUCAUAUAAUGACAAUAUCUCUGUAUAUUGGGAUUAUGAAAGUCCAUCCUUAAAACCUCUGUUUACGGUGCAGAUCACGUGCUAUAGCACUGGUGCUGUUAAGGAAGUUAAUACUUGCAUAAACAUAACGCAAUACUAUUGUGAUCUUACCAACAAGAUUGAUAACUGUGAAACUUUCUGGGUAGGAGUGAAAGCUCUUUCUGGAAAACACCAAUCUAAGUAUAUUGAACAAAAAUUUGAUGUUCUCAGGGAUGGCCAAAUAGGACCUCCGAAGUUCAAUCUUUCCAUUGAUAAUCAGGACAUAGUAGUCAACAUUGAACCACCCUUAUUUCCAUAUGAUGGCCUGAUUGAGGAAUACACCUACAAAUUGUUCAUUUGGAAAACUGGAAACCCAAAAGAGCGACAAGAGGUUAUCGCAGACGAUUGCUAUCUUGAGACAUGCAAUGUAUCUCUGUCUGUUUCUUUGGAUACCUCUUACUGUAUUUCCACUCAAGUCUUUUCACCGUCACUAACAAAGGUUGGUGAAGAAUCAGAAGAAAAAUGCAUCUCACCAACUCCCAAAUCCCGCCUAGGCUUUACACUAUUGAUAAGUUUUGGAAUUGUUGCCCUGGUUAUUUUGGUAAUCAUUCUUACUGUAGUCCUUAUAAAAUUUCAGGAGAGAAAAAUUAUGCUUCCAAAAUCUCUGGUGGCUGUGGUAAGAAACCAAGUAAAUAAUACUGAAUGUAAGUCAGAAUGCAAAUAUGACAUUAUUACAUCAACAUCCUACAAGCCAAUGGAACCGUGUGAAGAAAAACCAGCAGAGAAAUUACAAGUCGCUGAGAAGGCAAAAAUCACUGAUCCCAAUUAUAGCAAAGACCUAGAUAUCGAUGAUUCCCAAGGAAUCCAGAAAGGAGAAAGAAGCACCCAAGAAGAUACGGCUGUAGAAAUCUCUGAAAAUGAACAGAUUCAUGAAGACGGUAUCACAGAUUACUCUAAAUCAAUCACUGGCCAAGACAUCUGUCUGGAUCUUCAAAAUCUGGAUCUUCCCAGAGCAGAUGCCGUAAACCCAAAACCCAGUGUCCUAAGGUGCUCACUAAAACCAUCUGGGUAUGACAAACCCCACUGGGUUGACUGAAAUUCUAGAGAUGAAUUCUGAUGACCCUCCAAAAAUUGGGAAAGCCAUUUUUACUAUGAAAGAGCAUUAUUGGAAACUUCAUCAGAAGCAUCCAUAACCAUGCUUGUGAGCACUUUAAUCCUUGCAGUAGAGUGGGUAUUCAUAUAGCUUGAUGGUAUCAAACCUGAGAUGAGAACUUACAGAUGCCAAAGGACUGAAUUGAAGCUACACUUCUAUAGAUACUUGGUAAAAAAAUAAGUCUUAUUGUAGUCGCUCCAUUUUGAAUAGAUUCUCGUAAGAUUCUAAUAGAAUGAUUUCAUGAUAUGCCAAGAUGCUGCAUUGACAUCAUUUUGUUAAGAAGCUGGUAUUUUCUAAAUAUAUUAGAAUAUAAAUCCUAUAAUUUUUUGCCUUGAUUAUUGUGUGCUGGUGGGCUAGAAUGGCUGGAGAGCACUAUUCUGCCCUUUGUUCUCAGCGCAAUUACUUUUAUCCUGCCAAAAGUAUGGUAAUGUUUAAAGAUAGGGGGGUUAACUGACAAGAGGCUUCUGUCCAUACUGGUCAGUGGAAGAGACUGUGGGAAUAUUACAAGUGUAGUUUUCUAUAUGUAGUAGGGGCAGUUUGUGAAGUUGCCUUUUUUCUGAUGGAAGAAAAAUCCAAAAAGGCCAACUUUUAAAGAAAUGCUAGAAAAAUAUAAGUUUCAGCUAAGAUGGGUGUCAAAUUCAAAAUCCACGAGUGGAUCCGGCCUGCAGGGUGCUUAGAUCUGGCACGCAGGGCCACCAUGGAAACAGCAAAGGACCAGCUCGUGGUGUAUCUGCCAGCGAAAACGGAGCUCAGGAGACAGCGUGCAGCCCUCCUGAGCUCCGUUUUCAGCUGCAAUAGCCUCCUGCAGCCCUCUGCCAGCUCUGGAAGGCCACACGUGGCAGAGUGCUGCAGGAGGAUCCCCCCCUCCAUCCCUACCUGGGCCACCACAUCAUGUGCCUCUGACACGAGUGACGUCAAGCUAGCCAUGCCCAUUCUGGCCCCCUGAGGUCAAACAACUCUGAUGUGGCCCUCAGUGAAAUAGAGUUUGACACCCCUGAGCUAAGACAUUUCCACAGAGAACUUGGAAAGACCAUAGUAAGUAGAUGGAGCUAUAUUGUAGUCAAGGACUUUCACUUUAUGUAAAAUAGCUUACUGAUUUCUGCAUGUAUUAGAUUUGUAUCCUACUAUAUAUAUAUUAUAUAUAUAUAAUUAACUGUAUGAACAAAUGUUAUCUUUGCAGAUAUUGUAAAUACUUGCACUAUUUCUGUCAAAUAAUUGGGCCACGGGAAAUACUUGGGCCACAUGUUUAGUGCCUACAUUUACAGUAUCUAUUUUGCCACGUGAUUAUUAAUCUUCACUCUGGGUUGGAAAGUGUUGCACAAGUAGUUUACCCCUGUGACAAAUGCAAUGGCCUGCCAGUAUUGAGGAUCCUGUUUGACAUUUAGUCCAUAAAUUCAAGGAGAUAUAAUCACCUUCCCAAACCUGAUACCUCCAAAAAGUGCAAUUCCUAGAAUCCUCAGGGAACAUAAAAAUCAAGGAUUUGUAUUCUCAAUAGAAUUGAAAGUUCUAGAUUAGUGAAACCAGACUAAUUCAUUAUGCUUUACAAAUAAGGGUUCUUAACUAUAACUACUUAGAUAACACUAAAAUUUAUUUGAGAGAUAGUGAACUGUAGUGGUUAAGAAGUUGGAUUACAACUAUAGAGACCCAGGUUCAAGUCUUCCCACAGCCACAGAGGUUCAGUAGGUGAGUGGGCCAGUCAUUCUCUGUUAGUCCACUGUUCCCCACAGAGUUACUGGGAGGGGGAAUGGAGGAGUAACUGGUAUCUACAAGUUAGAUUGGUUUUGUGAGGAAAGGCAAGAUAUAAAUCAGUAAUACUUAGAUCUAAACCCCAAUAGAUGUUAAACAUUGAGAUGACUAUCAUUUUAUUAUAGGAUAGCUUUCCUAGACAAUAUAUAACUUGCAGCAACUAUAUCAAGAUAAAGACUGCAAGAGGAAAAAAAACCCAAGUAGUCCUCACUUAACAACUGCCCGGUUUAGCAAUCAUUCAUAAGUUACAAUGGUGCUGGAAAAAUAACUUUAUAGCCAGUCCUCCCACUUAACGACCAUUGCAGCAUCCCUGUGGUCACAAGUUCAAGAUUCUUCACAACCAGCAGGUGUUUAUGACUGUCGCAGUGCCUGCAGUUAUGUGAUUAUCAUUUGCACACUUCACACACAACUUCCAACAAGCAGAAUCAAUGGGAGAUGCUGGCAGUAAAAUCAUAAGUGGCAAUCCACACAGUGUCUUGUUUAACAACCACAGGUGUUUCACUUAAUGAGGUCGCAAGGGCCAAAAGAUAUAAGAGCCAUGGUGGUGCAGUGGUUAGAAUGCAGCAUUGCAGGCUACUACUGCUGGCUGCCUGCAAUUUGGCAGUUCAAGUCUCAUCAGGCUCAUGGUUGACUCAGUCUUCCAUCCUUCCGAGAUGGGUAAAAUGAGGACCCAGAUUGUUGCGGGCAAUAUAUAUAUGACUCUGUAAACCACUUAGAAUUGUAAAGCACCAUGAGGCAGUAUAUAAGUUUAAGUUAUUGCUAUUGCUAUCUCACUUAAUGGCCACAUCACUUUGCAACUGAGUUGUCAGUUCCAGCCAUUAAGCAAGCACUACCUGUAAAGUUAUUCCAAUCUUACCUUUUUUUUGUUAGCAAAAAGCAAACUGAAAAUCAUUAAUUAUCAGAUAAGAGGAAUUUUAUAGAAUUACUUAUAAGGUUAUAUUUAUAGAUUUCUUGUCUUCUAUUCGCCUUGAAUAUCUUCUUGACCUUAGGAUUGGCUGCCGAUUCCUCAAUUCAGAUACACAGUCACACUAUGUAUUGUGUAUUUGUUGUGAUCCAAUAUAGUUUAACUUUCCUCUUUAGCACAUGGUUAGGUAAUAGAGACAACCUAGUUUCCUUUACAGCUGGAAAGACCAUGGCAACAAUUCAGUAAACAAAUUAUCCAUUAAACGACAGCUACACAAAUCAGGAACACAACUUUUGAAAUCGUAUCCUUGCAGCUUACAAGAUAUUGCAAGCAGUAGUUUAAGAAUAAAAGUAUCUCCCAAUUACAUUGGGAGGGUAGCUUUUUAAAAUUUGAUACACAAAAGAUAUGCUUGCUUGGGGGGAAAGAUUCAGAUCUCAUGACAGCAACACACCAGAUGCUCCAGCCUCAUAAAUUAGGAAAAGAUUAUGCAUAGCCAGCUGCACCAUAUAAAUGCCCAGUUUUUUUAUACCACACCAUGACUCUUUGUAUUUGUCAUAUGGUCUAGCAUCUGGUCAGCCUAGUCCACCUCCUAUAUAUCUGCUGGAGUGAGACAUAUAUUUAUUUUGGUGUUAUUUAUGUUCAGAGUUUCUUCCUAUAUUGGAUUAUUGUUUUGGUCUUAAUGGUGAGGAGAAAACACACUUAACCAAAAUGGUCAAGAAAAUGAAAAGAACAAGUCAACCAUAAAUUGAUACUAGCAGAAAAUACUGAACUAGGCAAAGGCAGCUUACUCUGAUGAGUUUGGGUUUUAUACCUAAUUACCCAAGUUUACAGUUUGUGGUGAUUUUGUUUGGGGGGGAGGAUUUUUUAAUAUAUGUUUUUCUUUGGUGACUAAGCUUUCUAAACACCGUAGAAUUAAGGCAUUUUGUCUCUCCGUAGAUACAUUGUAGUCUGACUAUACGGAGUUCAAAAUCUGUUUAUAAGUAUUAAUAAAGUAAACACACUUUGAUCUUCAGAAUGGCUGCAAAGUGUCUAUUUGUAUUCCGUUUUCCAUUUUUAGCGAGGCAUUCAACAUAGGAUCUAUUGUUUCUUACUCUGAACUGGCUUGCGUGCCUUUAAUAAUAUCACACAGAUCAGGAUGUUUGGUGAACAUUUGUUCCUUAAUUGACUGAAGUUAAUUAAGAAGCCAUCCCAGUGACUAAAUAAAAUAGUAAGUUUGAGAAAACCUCUCAGACAAUACCUUGAGUAUUCCAAAACUUGCUUUCAACACACAUUCACACAAAAAAAUGUUUCACAGAGGACAUUUAUCCAGUCCUAGUUAAACUGCUGCUUUUCAAACUUGUGAUGCUCCAAAUUUUCACAUUGGGUGAACUAGUUCUUUUCUCAUGUUUAACCAGGUUAUGGCACUGUUUGUAGACGCAUUUUUUCUCCUCAAAAAAUUGGGUGGAAAUGUCAGUGUGUCUUAUAGACCGAAUAUGCCCCCGUUUUUGGCCUCCUGAAAGUCCCCCCGUGUGUCCCGUUUUUGUGAAAAAACGGGACGCAUAGAGGGUUUUGGAGGCCUGCAGAAUGCUCCUGGGGGCCGGGGAGGGCAAAAACCAGACACUCGGAGGCCAAAAACUAUUUUUUUUCUUGUUUUCCUCUUCAAAAUCUAGGUGCAUUUUAUACUCCGGUGCGUCUUAUAGUCCAAAAAAUACAGUAUGUGCUAUCUUUUCAACAGUUUUAUUAGCCGUACAGUUUGGGACAUAAACAAUAGAACUCAUUUCUUAAUACAACAUUUUAUUAUCCCAAAUUCAUAUUUAAAACUUACUUUCAAAGUCUGAAAAAAAUGAAAACAGUUCUGGUGCCUUUCCAAUUUUCUCCCACACUUUAAUAACACAAACUUAGAAACACCAGUGUAUAUGAUCAUUCAAGAGUUAGAAAAACAAGACUUUGCAGGACUAGAAAAUUAAUUAUUGAUGCUGAAUAUUUUGGUCACAAGUUCCAAUUUGAUUUCAAGCUAACAUUUUUAGUAUAAAUUAAAGUGCAUAUAGCCAAACAAAUACAUGUACUGUGUUUGAAGAUUGGAAUAUGUCUACAUUUUUUAAAAUCAAAGGAGCCUCUUUAUUACAUAAAAUAUUUACAUCAAAUACAGAAAACUCUUUCGGAUCCUUAUAGUCUGAGAAUGGCUUCAGAUCCAAAUUUCAUGAAUAAGAUGAAUUGUUUUGGGUAUGUAAUUUCUUUUAACUAGAAUGUUCGAUGUUGAAUUUCGGUAAUUCUGUAAUUAUGAUUAGAAAUGCAUAUAUGUAUAUAUAGUAUAUAGCAAGACUUUGCUUUUGUGUAAUUCAGAUUAUUUUGUUAUGUUUUCAAUAUAUUUUGCUCAUUGUCUAAAUAAAUACUUUUAAAUUAA